AUAAAUUUUUAGCUUAUUCCCACUUUAAACACAAACUCUCUCUCUCCUCAGCAUAAUUUUCUGUACUUUCUAAUUUCUGUUUCCUUCAAGCUUCUUUUACUCAAAUCACUACCAUUCAGCUUUGAAGUGAUUAUUAGAAGUUAUGGUGAAGUGGGAAAAUUAGGUGAAGAAGUUUCCAGAACAUUUUUGGGAAUGGAGGAGAAUCCCCAAGCCCCAGAAACCCUAGAGGCCGAAAACCCAGGUGAGAAAACUCCAAAAGAAGCUUCUGGGUCUUCUUGUAUAACUGAAAGUUUCUCUGGGUUAGCUCCUAUUUUUGACAUUCCCAUUGAAGCAAAUGUUGAUACUAAGAAUGUGGAAUUGGAAUCCCAAAUAGUAGAAGUUGAAAAAAGAAUUGAUGGUGGUGGAAAGGAGAUGGGAUUUUUGGUCAAUAAUGAUUGUGUUGAUAGGGCAAAAGAGGCAAAAAGGGAUUUAACUAAGUCGCCAUUAUGUGAAGAGGAAAAUGAGGCUAAAUUCGGUUUGGUACAGUCACAAUCAGAAGGGAAAUUAGUUGACUUGGGAAGAAAUGGAGAUGAGGAUUUUGGAGGUAUAGAGAUGGUUCAAGAUGAGGGUACAAGUGAAGAUAAAAAGUUGGAAUCAAAUGUGAUUGAUUCAUCUAGGAAGAUAGGUGUUUCGACUGAGGGUAUAUCGCUGUUUGUCGAAAUUAGUGGCUUUCCUAGUAGACACACACAGAAGGAUGUUGAUGUAGGAAAUUCUUCUCCUUUGAUGAAUACUAAGGAGAAGUUAAAAGAAGAUGCUGGUGAAGAGCAAGGAGAGAGUAUUGAUAAUCGAGAAUGUGAUUUUUUGGUGGGUGAUAUUGUAUGGGUUCAAACCAAAAAUCAAACAUGGUGGCCGGGAAAGAUUCACGAUCCUAAAGAGGCGCCAAAAUAUGCUACAAGGAGUGGCAAGGGGGACGAUCUACUAGUCGGGUAUUAUGGAAUCAGCCACUUUGCCUGGUGCCGUUCAUCUCAAUUGAAUCCUUUUCAUGAGAACUUCGAGCGGAAGUCAGGGGAAAAUGGGGCUAGAAUCUUUCUUGGAGCUGUGGAGAAAGCUGUUGACGAGUUUGGUAGGCGUGUGAAGCGGGAGAUGACUUGUUCAUGUGCUUCGGUGCAUGAUCAACUGUCUGCUGAUGAGGCAUUAGUUGUUGAAGAAGUUCUAAAGCCCGAGCUCAAAUCUGGCAGACUUGGAGAAUUUUCAGUCACUUGUUUCGAACCUGUAAUGUUUCUUGAACAUCUCAAAUAUCUUGCGGAGGUUGUUUCCAUGCCUCACAUGCUUGAUUUUACUGUCACACAUAAUCGCCUAUCAGCGUUCUAUUGCUCUGUUGGCCAUAGGCAACUGCCAAUGCGUAUACUUGCAGAAAAGAAAGAAACUGAAGAGGAUAAAAUUUUUGGGCUAGAGAGUAACGUUGCUAAAGAAGGUUUUGUGUCCAGUGAAUCUAGGAAGAGAAAGAGGAAGAGAGAUUCUGAAGCUAAAGUUGAAGAUAUUGCUCGCAAGAAAGAGGGGGUGAUUGACACAGAAUUAGAGAAUGAGGGUGUGAUUGACACAGGAUUAGAGAAAGAGGGUGUGAUCGACACAGGAUUCAAUUCAAGAGAGCGGAAGAAGAGCAGGUACUUGUCUUAUCCAUACACAAACUGGGAGCAGAAAGGCGCAGCUGGAAUGGAUGGCCCCAAGGUUCAAAAAGUUACUCCGGAAGCAAGCACGGCCGUUAGCAAAAGUAACAUAAGCAAUGGAGAGAAGUUUUGGAGGAAAUGGUAUAGGAGAUUUACUGGUGCGAGUCACAUACCUACGGGUUCAGAGUUAACAACUGCAGCUUCAGCUGAGCUGCUUUGUGAACUUCGUUCUGCUGCCGUCGACUGUCUACAUCCGAAUGGAAAUAACAACUUUGAUCCGAUUUGCUGGUUUCUGUCCAGAUUCAGGAUUUCAGUGUUUAAUGAGGAGUCUGUUGGGAAUGAGGCUAAUGGUGCUGAAUCUUGCUGGUCAGGAGACAAUGCGCUGGAGAACUUGCAAGUGAUCCUCCCCGAUAAACCCAAGCGAAAGAGAUCAAAGAAAAAGGAAAAUUCAUCGCAGGUUGAGCAUACCAUCCACUCGUCGAAUGCGAUCGGAAGUACAGAAUCUGGUGUACAGGACGUGGAUGAGAGUCGCGAUCCAUCUUUGGGACAAGAUUCUUCAAUGAUAAAGAAAAAUGGUGAACCAAAUUCAGUGAGAUUAAAGACUAAAGCCCUUUCUGGGCUGUCAGAUGUGAGUAAAAGCAUUGCCACUAAUGGCUUAUCAGUAAGAGGUGCGUCAGAGAUAGGCCCUGCCUUAAAGAACAACAAAGCUAAGCAAAGGAAGAAAAGGAAAGGUGAAGUAGUGAAUGGAGAUUGUCUUCAGGCCAAACUAACAACCGGUAUACCAGACUUGAAUGGAAGCAGUGCUGCCCCGAGCUUAUUGGCUGAUGACCCGCAGGUCAUGAGUCACGUUACUUUGGAGGUCAAAACCGAGCCGCUGAAGAAAGUGGAGAAAGAAGCUGCUUUAGAGGAUUCGAAUGCGAAUACCACUGCUGGCUUAUUAGACAUUCAUGGAAAUAAUGCUAAACCUGGCACACUAGUGGUAGAUCUACGGGUUCCUGGAGAGGCUUCAGCAUGUUUGAAUAAUGAUUACACUGCGGAUCUACAAGAUAUUGCCAAGGACCGACCUACAUGCGGUCUGCCCUCAGAAGGUAAACCGGUGACAAUUGGCCAACUCUUGGGAGAAGGUAAACCGGGUCGAAAAAAGAGAAAGAGAAAGGAGAAAGAAGCACCGAAAAAUAUACCGGAUUUGAAUGGAGCCAGCACUGAAUCCAACUCAUUAGGGAAGGAAAGUCAGGAGACUACUAAUGGCCUUGCUCCGCCAGCUAAACCCAUGCGAAAAAGGCGGAGGCGAAAAGAACAAGUUGCUUUGAAUUAUCCAAGAAAUAUAUCGAUUUCUUGGAGAGCAGAUAUGAAUCUAAGUUAUAACCGAAUGGAAACCAACAGAGACACUAUAGGGACUGCUCUUCUCUUGACCUUUGCCCCGGGAGUUCCAAUGCCUUCAGGAGAAGAUUUGGUCUCAACAUUUUCAAAGUUUGGAACGCUGAAAGAAUCCGAGACUCGGUUUUUGAAAGAUCCGGGCAGCGCCCAAAUUGUGUUUACAAAAAGUGCUGAUGCUACAGAAGCAUUAAAGAGUAUAGAGAAAAACAACCCUUUUGGUGCAGCCCUUGUCAACUACAGGCUCCAUCAUCUCCCAAGUGUGUCCAGGACAUUAGAAACCAACCGAAAUUCGGGUGCAACUCUGGCCUCUUCAACUCAGGUGCCUGCCGCGCCUCCCCUCGAUUUCAUAAGGCAGAACCUUCAGAUGAUGACGUCGAUGCUCGAGACGUCAGGCGACAAUCUCUCACCGGAGAUGAGAGCCAAGUUGGAGGCUGAGGUUAAAGGGCUUCUCAGUAAGGUGAGCUCCAUGGCUGGUUCUUGCUCUUGAGUCUUAACUUGAACUUGAAGUGGGGUGAAAUGCUUUUUCCAAGGCUGGUUUCUAAUUGGACUGUUGUUUUAUUUUAUUUUAUUGUUUUAAAUGUAGUUUUUAUUAGCUGCUGCCUUUUUGAUUAACUCUCUCAUCUCAAUAUGUUGUUAUAAUUGGAAUGGUUUUAGCUUGUUCCAUCCAAUGAGAGAGAGUUCAUAAGCAAUGGCUCAUAAACUAGGAAUCUCCAUGUAUCACUACCAGUUCAGUUUCCCUUUAUUUAUUUGCUUGUCUCU